AUGAACCGACCUCAGCCAGGAGACCCCGAUUCAACGGACUCCUACACGGUAGCAUGGAUCUGUGCCCUAGAAGAAGAAUAUUUCUGUGCAUGCCGUAUGCUUGACGAAGAGUUCACCGGGCCGGAGAUCAGUGAAGAUCAUGAUGAUAACACGUACGUCUACGGUCGUAUUGAGAAGCAUUACGUGGUGAUUGGUUGUCUUCCAGCCGGUCGGUAUGGCACCAAUUCAGCUGCCCGUGUUGCCCGAGAUAUGGUUCGAACGUUUCCACAUCUACGGUUCGCACUGAUGGUAGGGAUCGGAGGCGGCGCUCCGACCGCCCGAAAUGACAUCCGAUUAGGGGAUGUUGUCGUGAGUCAACCAACAGAUGAAUUCGGCGGAGUGAUACAAUAUGAUCUGGGCAAGCUCAAAGAUGGUCGGUUCCAGAGGACAGGUCAACUCAACGCGCCGCCCGAGAAACUUCUGGGAGUUAUUCCGCAGAUGCGUCGACUAUUCAGUGAUAAAAAGAAGCCGGACAGACUCGCAGAACAUCUUCAGCGCCUUGAUGAUAUGGAAGAUUAUCAACGCCCAGCCAUUGACCAACUUUAUGCCAUCGAAUCCACGCUGGUGGAUGGAAAAGCUUGCGAUGAAGGUGCUUCACACUCGGUAGUGGUCCGCCCAGACCGCCGCAACCACCGUGUAUUCCAUGUUCACUACGGAAAUAUUGCGUCAGGAAAUACUGUGCUAAAGGACGCUGUCGUGCGAGACAAAUAUGCAAACGAUCCAGAGCUGAAUAUCUUGUGCUUUGAAAUGGAAGCUGCAGGCCUGAUGAAUACAGUCCCAUGUCUGGUAAUACGCGGAAUCUGCGAUUACUGUGACUCUCACAAAAAUGAUGCCUGGCAUAAAUAUGCUGCGCUCACUGCUGCUGCGUAUGCACGAGACCUACUCUUGGUUUUACGACCGCAACGUGUGGAUGCUAUGGCUCCUUGGGCCGAGAGAGUAGCUCAAGAACUUCAGUAA